AUGUCGCUCUUCCACUCCGCGUUUGACACUCCCGGCGCGGGGUCCUCGAAACCGAUGAGUUUCGGCACCUCGGGCGCCGGCAAGAAGAAGAAGGGCAAGGCGUCCCUGAACGACGACAAGCUGCGCGCGACGGCCGUCAACGUCCAAAAGCUGAUGGAGCAAGUGGAGCGCGGCGAGAUCACCGAGAAGGCUUCCGCCGGCUCCGAGCAGCUCGGGCACAUUCCGAAGAAGAAGCGCCGCGGGCCCCAGCCAGCAGCAGCAAGAAGCAGAAGAAGAAGCGCAACUCGCUCGCUGCCCUGA